AUGGAUUUGGGGGAUAUUGGGUUGUAUUUGGGUUAUUCCAUUAGAGGAACGGGGAGACCUGUGCCAUGCCCUGGCCCCUGCUGUGCUCUCACCGUGUCCCCUCCCCGUCCCUCAGGCUCCAAGGACCCCUGUGCAGAGGUGACCUGCAGCUUUGGCAGCACCUGUGUCCCCUCCCCGGACGGCCAGGCCGCCAAGUGCGUGUGUCCCUCGUCCUGCGGCGGCGUCCCCGAGAGCCCCGUGUGCGGCAGCGACGGCCGCGACUACCGCAGCCUGUGCCACCUCAACAAGCACGCCUGCGACAAACAGGAGAACGUCUUCAAGAAGUUCGAUGGGCCCUGCGGUGAGGAGGGGCUUGAAAUGUCUCGGGACUGCCCCCCGAGCGGGGACCCCGUGUGCGGCGACGACGGCGUCACCUACGGCAGCGAGUGCGCCAUGGCGCGCUCGGGGGCCCUGCGGGGCAUGGACAUCCAGAAGGUGCGCUCGGGGCAGUGCCAGCAGCAGGACAAGUGCAAGGACGAGUGCAAGUUCAACGCCGUGUGCCUGAACCGCCGCGGCGCCGCGCGCUGCUCCUGCGACCGCAUCACCUGCGACGGCGCCUUCCGACCCCUGUGCGGCCGCGACAGCCGCACCUACGGCAGCGACUGCGAGCGCCGCAGGGCAGAGUGCCUGCAGCAGGCCAGCAUCCCCACCAAGCACAGCGGGCCCUGCGACCUGGGCGCGCCCAGCCCCUGCCUGAGCGUGGAGUGCGCCUUCGGGGCCACGUGCGUGGUGAAGAACCAGGAGGCCGUGUGCGAGUGCCAGCAGCAGUGCCAGGGCCGCUACGACCCCGUGUGCGGCAGCGACCAGCGCACCUACGGCAACCCCUGCGAGCUGCGCGCCAUGGCCUGCGUGCUCCAGAGGGACAUUGGCAUCAAGCACAAGGGGCCCUGCGACCGCUGCGGCAAGUGCCAGUUUGGUGCCAUCUGCGAGGCGGAGACGGGGCGCUGCGUGUGCCCCACCGAGUGCGUGCCCUCGGCACAGCCCGUCUGCGGCACCGAUGGCAACACCUACGGCAGCGAGUGCGAGCUGCACGUCCGCGCCUGCACCCAGCAGAAAACCAUCCUGGUGGCUGCCCAGGGCCACUGCCAGUCGUGUGGCAGCUCCGUGUGCUCCUUCGGGAGCCGCUGCGUGGCCGGGCAGUGCCUGUGCCCACGCUGUGAGCGCCAGCCCCCGGCCCCGGUGUGCGGCACCGACGGCGUCACCUAUGGCAGCCCCUGCCAGCUGCAGGUGGCCUCGUGCCAGCUGCAGAGGAGCAUCGAGGUGGCCAGGAUGGGACCCUGCGAGGACGAGUGCGGCUCUGGGGGCUCCGGCUCGGGGGACGGCAGCGAGUGCGAGCAGGAGCGGUGCCGGCAGUUCGGGGGCUGGUGGGAUGAGGACGCCGAGGACGAGCCCUGCGUGUGUGACUUCACCUGCCUGGCCGUGCCCCGCAGCCCGGUGUGUGGCUCUGAUGGUGUCACCUACGCCAGCGAGUGCGAGCUGAAGAAGACGCGGUGUGAGAAACGCCAGGAGCUCUUUGUCACCAGCCAGGGAGCCUGUAGGGCCCUGGCCACCACCCCGCCGCCCCUGCUGGUCACACACUGCAGCCAGAGCGUCUACGGCUGCUGCCCGGACAACGUCACGCUGGCGCUGGGCGUGGGAGCGGCCGGAUGUCCCAGCUCGUGCCAGUGUAACCCCUACGGCUCCUACGGUGGCUCCUGUGACCCGGGCUCGGGCCAGUGCUCCUGCAAGCCCGGCGUGGGCGGCCUCAAGUGCGACCGCUGCGAGCCCGGCUUCUGGAACUUCCGCGGCAUCGUCACCGACGGCAGGAGCGGCUGCACACGUGACCUUCCCCCUCCUCACCUCCGGUGUCUGCCCGCAGAGUCCGUCACCCCCGCGGGCCCCCCGGUGGCCCCCACGCCGCUGCCCACGCUGCCCCCGGACCGGAUCCCCACCGGGGCGGCCACCACUGUCCCUACCGGGGCGGCCAGCACUGUCCCCACCGGGAUAGCCACCGCCCCAUCGCCGCGAGCCGAGCCCACGCAGCGCGGCCACCCCACCACGAGGCGUGUGACAACGGCCAGGCCGGCCACCACGGCCUGGGUCACCCACGGCGUGCACAAGGCCACCGUCCGCCCGCUGGUCACCGUGCCCGUGCUGGCGGCCACCGGCCGGCCGGGCUACGGCGAGUCCGGCAGCGCCGAGGGCAGCGGGGACCAGGACGCGGGCGGCAGCGGGGACCAGGAGUCCAGCGGGGCCGGAUCUGCCGGUGAGGAGGAGCCGGACGAAGGCCAGGUGAUGUCCACGCCCGCCAUCGAGAGGGCCACGUGCUACAACACCCCCCUGGGCUGCUGCUCCGACGGCAAAACCGCGGCUGCUGACGCAGAGGGGAGCAACUGCCCAGCCACCAAAGUGUUCCAAGGAGUGCUGAUCCUGGAGGAGGUGGAGGGCCAGGAGCUGUUCUACACCCCGGAGAUGGCUGACCCCAAAUCCGAGCUCUUCGGGGAGACGGCGCGGAGCAUCGAGAGCGCGCUGGAUGAGCUUUUCCGUGCUUCUGAUGUCAGGAAGGAUUUCAAGAGCAUCCGAGUGCGGGACCUGGGCCAGAGCAGCGCUGUCAGGGUCAUCGUGGAGGCCCACUUUGACCCAGCCACGUCCUACACGGCCGCCGAUAUCCAGGGGGCUCUGCUGAAGCAGAUCCGAGCUGCCAAGAAAAAAACCAUCCUGGUGAAGAAGCCCCAGACGGAGCACAUCAAAUUCAUGGAUUUUGGUGAGUGCCCUGGGAUUGGGGUUUCAAAAUGCCAGGGGGGCUCUGCUGUUCCUGCCAGGGCUUUGCAGCUGCGGCACCAACCCUCCCAAAGCUUCCCCAGGUGGAUCCGGAGGAAUCAUGGAAUUCUGGGGGAAAAGCAGGAAGGGGUUCAAAUUCCCCUGUUUCCAUGGAAUAUGGCCGGAGGUGCCCAUGGAGCUGCCUGUGCCACCGCAGGGCCCACGUGCGCCUUCGAGAGGAACCCGUGCGAGCCCUCGCCGUGCCACGCCUCUGCCACCUGCCUGGUGCUGCCCGACCGGGGAGCCCUGUGUGCCUGCCCCAUGGGCCGCCAGGGCCACCUCUGCGAGCAAGUGACAGAGCAGGACCGCUCCGUGCCCUUCCUGCCGGAGUUCAACGGCUUCUCCUACCUGGAGCUGAACGGGCUGCAGAGCUUCGUGCCCAACCUGCAGUCUUUCUUUUCCCUUUUUCCCCUCAGGAGCAAGGAGCCAGUGCCCCUCAACACCUGGAUCAGCGUCCUGCUGGAGAGGAGCGGCCGCAAGGGCGUCCUGAGGGUCAACAACGGCGAGAGGGUGACGGGGGAGUCACCGAAAUCCCGUAAGGUGCCCCACAUGGUGCUGAACCUGAAGGAGCCCUUCUACGUGGGGGGAGCCCCCGACUUCUCCAGGCUGGCUCGAGCAGCGGCCAUCUCCAGCGGCUUCCAGGGAGCUGUGCAGAGGAUCUCGCUGGAGGGGGUGCCCGUGCUGCAGGAGCAGAACAUCCGCAGCGCCAGGGAGAUCUCCCCGUUCCGGGGGCACCCCUGCACCCAGAGCCCCAACCCCUGCCAGCACGGGGGCACCUGCAGCCCCAGCAUGGGCACCUACGAGUGCUCCUGCCACAGGGGCUUCUCCGGAGCCCACUGCGAGAAAGUGAUCAUCGAGAAGGCGGCUGGGGAUGCCGAGGCCGUCGCCUUCGAUGGCCAGACGUUCCUGGAGUACCACAAUGCCAUCACCAAGAGCGAGAAGGCCCUGCAGUCCAACCACUUCGAGCUCAGCAUCAAAACCGAGGCCACGCAGGGGCUGCUCCUGUGGAGCGGGAAGGGGCUGGAAAAGUCGGAUUACAUCGCCCUGGCCAUCGUGGAUGGCUUCGUGCAGCUGAGCUACGACCUGGGCUCCAAAGCCGUCACCCUGCGCUCCACGGUGCCCGUCAACACCAACCAGUGGAUCCACAUCAAAGCCUCCAGGGUGCAGAGGGAAGGGUCCCUGCAGGUUGGGAACGAAGCUCCCAUCGCCGGCUCCUCUCCUCUCGGGGCCACCCAGCUGGACACGGACGGGGCGCUGUGGCUGGGGGGUCUGGACAAGCGCAGCGCACGCCCGCGGCUGCCCAAGGCGUUCAGCACGGCCUUCGUGGGCUGCAUGCGCUCCGUGCUGCUGGACCGCCGGGAGCUGCACCUGCGCCAGGACGCGCUCAACGCGCCGCGGAUAUUGCACUGCUCGGCCCCCUAGAGCCGCCGCCGCCCGCCCGCCCGCCGCUGGAAUUAUUUUCUAUUUUUGUAAACUUAUUGCUUUUUAUAUUUUUGGGGGGGACGGGGAGGGCGGGAAACCCUUUUUUUGGUUUUUCCCGCGGGUUCUCCGGGCGGUGAGAGCCGGCCCGAGCGGCGGCGCCGCCCAACGAAGCUCCACCCGCGGCUCCGAGGAGCGCCGGAACUCUCCCGCUGCAGCGCCCGUCUUCUUCAUACUUGAAGCUUCUUUUUUUUUGGGGUGGUUUCCCCCCUUUUUUCCCGGCGUUUUGGGGGGGUUGCUCCCAAAGCCGACCCUGUUUUCCUGCGGGGGAAACGCUGCCGGUGCUGGCGAGGCCUUCACGGAUUGUCAGGGUGGGAAUUCCCACCCCGCUCCGGGCUCUGGCUCUUCCAAACCUUCUCCUGGCGCUGUGUCCAGGCGAUUUCCUGCUGCCCCCCGUUCCUCUCCGUAAUUUAUGUGUGUAAGGAUCUCAAGUGCUUUUCUCCUUGGAGCUCUGCUCAAAUCAGGGACGAUUCCACGCACUGGAAGGGAGAGAGCCGGGCCCACUCCUCUCUGCGCUUGGCUCCUGACUCUUCGCUGGACUGAGAGGUGCUGGGGAGGGAAAAAUGUGGAUUUUUCCAGCGGUUCUCCUCUUCCUCUUCCUCUUGGACACGUGCAGGAGCAGCUGUGAAACCUCAUUCCCACAUUUUGUGUUCAUCCAGAUGUGUCCUGACCCCCCCGGCCGCUCUUCCCGAGGCCACCGAGCCUCGGCCUCCCUCAUGCUGGGGAUCGCUCGGAGCUCCUCUCCGAGAGCUGGGAAUUCUCUCCCUCUUCCAAAAAGGACCAGAAGAUUCCCUUCUCCCUUCUCAGAGAUCUCUUGGAUGUGUCCUUCCAUGCCCCGCAGCGUUUCCCAGCCUCUGGCUCCCAGCCUGGGCCUGCAGAGCUGGCGCUGGAGCCUCUCCCACAAAGAGAUUUUGGAAUUUUUUUGCCUUGGAUUUGGAGUUUUUGGGUCUUCCACGCUCCUCUGGAUGCUGCCAGCCCAGCAGGAAUGGCUCCAACGGGAAUGGGAACGGGGCUGGGGAAUAUCUGGGGGGAAUUUGAAGCAUUUUCUUCCUGGAAAGGAAAAUUUGGUUCCAAAGUUUCUGGGGUGUGACGGUGCCUCUGCCUGCAGCCUCUGGAUCUCCUGGAAUCUGGAGAAGAGCAGAUGGAUCCCAGCUCUGGAAGAAAUCCCAUCCCCCACUGGGAUUCCUUCUCCAUGGGAAGGAUUUCCUGGUGUUUUGUGGCCUCUGUCUCCCUUUCCCACCCUCAGCUAGAAUUGCUCCAUGGAAAAACAACUUUAAGGAAUUCAUCUGCAGGAUCCCACCAGCUUUUGGGUGGGAAUUCCCGGAAUUUGGCAUUUUUUCCCCUAAAUUUCUAUCCCACCUUGCAGGGCACCCUUUAAAACGGGAAUUUUGGCACCAACCUUUGAGGCAGGAAAGGUCAAAUUUCUUCUCUCAGGAUGAGCUCUGAACAAAGGUGGAACCAAGAGGGAAAACCUAUGGAAAAACCACUUGGAUCUGCUUUUAUUUCAUUUAUUUGAUUUAAAAUAAAAAAAAUCCAAUAAAAAUAUUCCCAAUCCUGUGGAAGAUCCUGGGUUAAAUAUUCCAUGGGGGCUGUGCCGGGUGAGGGCUCUGCUGUGGCUGGGAGCGUUCCUGGGGUGCCAAAAUUCCCAUUUUUAGUCCAAAUUGGGAUUCCUGGUGGGAAAUGCUGGGCUGGGCUGGGAGGGACGGACUGGGGAGUCCCCCACUCCAUACUUUGGGAAUGGCAUUCCCAGCUGGAAUGUUCCAGCUCCAGAGGGACGGGGAAGCUGCUGAUUUUCAGGAAUGAAGUCAAGAAACGGCCAAGAAAAACCCAACAACCGAACAAAAACAAAGCUAAAACCUCAUUCUGCUUUCGCUGGGGCUUGGAAAUGCCUUAAACCGGGAUUUUGUGUCCUCUGGGGGAGCAUUUGGAAUUUCCAGCAGCGCCCUUCGAGCUGUGCACUUCACUGUUAACAUUUCUACCACAAAACCUGCAAAAAACCCCCCAAAAAGACAUCGAGGUGGGGUUUUUUUUCUGGAUUUUAGGUUUUUUGGGGCUUUUUUUUUAAUUGAAACCCCUUGAGCUGUCCGUGUGGCUCGGUGGAGAGGGAGAAUUCCCGACUUUGGGAGCCGCUGGCUGAAUUCCGAAGGGCGCCGCGCAGUAGAGGAGCAGCAUGAUGUAACCGUUACUAACUCGUGUCUUUCGUCAAAUCACCCAGAAAUAAAAGUUUGGAAACAAUUUGAGAGGUUUUUAA